AUGUCAUCGGACGGCUCAGCGCUGAGCACCGGACGCUCCGAAGAGCAAUUGGAGCCGACCAACUACAAUUGGCUACGCUUCAAAUGGAUGUUUUGGAAAGACUGCUUUAUGCACUGGAAUACGCGUUGGGAGUUUCUUGUCGCGCUGCUAAUGCCGAGCCUUUGUGCGCUCAUUGUCAUCAUACUGCGGUUUAAUAUUUCGGCUGAGCACAUAACAGCCAUGCCGUUUAGAAUCGAGGAUAUUGAUGCAAAUUGGAAACGUUUGUUGGACAUCAUUGUGGGGCGUCAAAGUGCAAUUGAAAAAUAUUUGGGCGCUCCUUCGUAUAAUGUGUACGCACCACAGCUUGUGAUUGCCUAUGCGCCAGAUUUUGAGGCAAUCGUUAAUAUUAUGGCGUUGACGGACAGACUACAAUUAAGAAGUGAUCAAUAUAUUAGUUACAAAACAUGUGAAGAACUACGCGCGAAGAUGGCAACUGAGUACUAUCUGGCCGGCAUUUGUUUUCACGAAGGCGUCUUUAAUAUUGAAUCGGAAUCCAUAUAUAAAAUUGGCAUAUAUCCGAAUCGAUUGGAGUAUACAAUUAUUUUUCCAAGCGAAUUGCGUUUAUAUAAGGAAUAUAUAGGCGAAACUUGGGAUACCAGAUAUUUAUUUCCGAAUGUUGAGAAGCACGAGCGGCACAUGGGCUUCGUGCCUUAUUUGGGUGAAGGCUUCAUUUUGAUACAGAAAACAAUUUCCGAAGCUUAUAUUUAUUUGACAUGCAACAAAUCGCUGAGCGAUGAACUAUUUCUGCGACGCUUUCCAAUAGCCGAACACUAUUACGAUCCACUUUCCGAAGCGUUGGAACUACGCCUAUCGCUGGUAUUAGCUGUCGCAUAUAUUUGCACGCUCUUAUAUUUGCUAAGGAUUCUAAUCAAUGAGCGUGAAGCCCAAUUGCAUUCCUUAUUGGCGAUUUUCGAUGUGACGUACUUCAUACAAUUCUAUAGCUGGUUCGUGUUCUCGCUGAUUUCUAUAUCCAUUAGCACCACUUUGCUGUUAAUAAUUUUAAAGAUUCCUUGGAACAGUGGUUUCGGUGUCUUCAGUAAAUCUUCGUACACUUGCUUAUUUGCUCUCUUCACCGCGUUUAAUAUAAAUACACUCAGCUACUGCUAUAUGAUAUUUAAACUGUUUCAUAACUCUCAUAUGGCGAUUUGUGCCGCACCUACUAUCUGGAUCAUGUUGUAUGCACCUUUUGCCAUUGGCAAUCAUACGUCACCGUUGAGCGAUGUUUUACAUCCAUACAUAUCUUUACUUGGCAAUACGGCAUUUGCAUUGGCAUUGCAAAAUCUAUUUAGACUUCAAACCCACGAUGGUCUGAAUUGGUCGAAUUUCUUUAGAGACGAUGGGCAUUCGGUUUACUACAGCAUCGGCUCUUACUCGUUGAUAAUGUGUGGUACGAGCAUAAUUCAAGCUUUGAUUGGCAUAUUCGCACCGAUUAUUGGACGAACUUUGAGCAAACUUUCGAAAGUAUUUAAACGCAAGCCACAACGCAUACGCGUUAGCACAGACAGUAAUCGUUUUUCGAAAACCAUCAUAUUUGAGGUUAGAGCAAAUUAUAAAGCACCCGCCGUGGAUGUGAUGGCACUCACAGUGCAAGUCGGCGAUACAAUCAUUAUAGAGGAUCUUUCAUUCAGUUUGUAUGAGGAUGAAAUCACUAUGCUGAUGGGUCAUAACGGUAGUGGCAAAACCACAUUAUUAGAAGUUAUUGCCGGUUUUAAACGACCGACGUCGGGCAAAAUCGAUUUUAAGGGCGACACUCUAAAUAAAGAAUAUGGCAGCCCACGCGAUUUUAUUGGUAUCUGCUUCAGCGAUUCGUUGCUUUUUUGUAAUCUGUAUGUCAAACAUCAGUUAAUGUUAUUUGGCCGUUUGAAAGGUUUAAAUCCAACUGAUCUAACCAAAGAGGUGCAUAAGUAUUUGGUCGCUUUAGAACUUGACGGCGAACAGUAUACGCUUACCGAGAAUUUGACAUGUGGUCAGAGAACCAAAUUGGCUGUUUCUUGUGCGCUUAUUGGCGGCAGUAAGAUUGUUCUACUGGAUGAUGUUGUUCUGAAAUUAGAUGUGUGUGACUAUAAACUUAUUUGGAAACUAUUGGAACGUGAGAAAUUCGGACGUGUAAUAUUGGUGUCGACAAAUUUAAGUCGUGAACCGGAGUUGCAUGCAGAUAAUAUUAUUAUGUUGGCUCAAGGACGUUUGAGUUGUUCGGGAACAGCGCAGUUUCUUAAAUCCAUGUAUUGCUUUGGUUGUCAUUUGCUUAUAUCCAAAUCUGAAGAAUGUAAGUCGGAAGAAGUUACCCAACUGCUAAGCCAAUUCAUACCGGACAUUGUGGCAGCCUGCGACCUUGUGCUGGAAUUAUCCUAUCACAUUGAAUCGUCUAACGUUGAAGUGCUCGAAACUGUGAUCAGGGCAUUGGAAAAUGCCAAAGAGGAGCUAGGCAUCAUCAAUAUAACGAUUAUCGAGACACCAGUUGAGGAGCUCUUUUGUAAGCUAGGUGCUGAACGACCCGCAUACGAUGACCGUAAACGUUACUAUAGAAUUUUCAAUGGUCAGAGCAUUGUUACCGAUGACUGCAAUGAAGAAGCAAUUUUCAUGAAAACAAAUAUACACCGUAAAGUCGGUGUCUAUGAGAAGUUAUACAAUCAAUGGACUGCAAUGUUUUACAAACUAUUUAUUAUUGAUAGUACAUAUUAUAUUCUGAUUGCUACAGUGCUACCGAUAUUUUGCUUAUUUUUCUGCGCAACAGUUAUGAUACCUUAUAUGAAAGUAGUACCGGUUUUGGACAACGGCAUUAAUGAUUACAAAGAGGGAAUUACACUGCUCAAUAUUGGCGCGGAGCCCGAUAGUGCCAUGCAAUCCUUUGUCGAAACCUAUAAUCGCUACAUGUAUUGGCGAAAUAGUAAUAUAAAGAUAAAAAACAUUAAAAAUCAAUACAUUAAUGAUUACAUAAUGAAUCUCGAACGCGAGGAGGGUCAAAGUCAUUUGAAUGUAAACAUGAUACUUGGCUUGUCCAUACGUAAUCAUGUGAUUGGCUGGUUUAAUGGUUAUUUGCCAAAUGUCGCGCCGGUUCUUUUAGACAUUCUGCACAACGUGUACCUUUGGGACUUGCUGAACACGACCAAUGCCAAACUAAAUGUUUCGUUGGAUUUGUUACCACCAGAGAGUAAUGUUAACAUGAGAGAAAUAUCUCCAAUGCGUUUCAACAUGGGCAGCAGAAUAGCAUUCCAUAUGGCGCUGAUCAUGUGUUACUUGUACUCCGUACGUUCCAUCAAUUUGGUCUCAGAACGUAUAAGCGAAUUUGAAAGCUUACAACGCUUGGCUGGUUCAGAUGGAAUUAAUUAUUGGAUAUCCAUAUUUAUUUUUGAUAUAAUCAAAAUUUGCAUUGCUUUGACAAUUAUCACAUUCUUGGGUUGGUCGGUGUUGCCGUCAAAAUAUAUAACACCGCUACUUUUCCGCUGGUGCUUUGGUUUGCUGUUGCUGGCGAGCACUGCUGUGGCUAUGACAAACUAUGUUUUGAGUGCGCUAUUUUUUAAAAACAGUUUCGGCGCAUACUUGAAAAUUUCCUCAAUACAUGUCAUUGGCAUCGUAUUCUUUACAGUGUUUUCCAGAGACUUCAAACCUUAUGCCGAUCAUUUACUAUUCAUACCACGCAUAUUUCCAUUAUAUUCAUUUUGUCGAGCUAUUGAGAACCUCUACGAUUUCAAUGUACGAAGUCAAGUUUGCAAAGUGGAAAAUAUAAAUAUUGCUUCUGUGGUUUUGGGGCGUUGUCAACGGAUUCCCAACUGUUGUGAAACACCUAAAAUUUCGGUGGACGAAGAUAUGUUUUACUUAUGGAUGAUUAUAGCUAUCUCUUGGUACAUAUUAUGCAUAUAUGAGUACAGGUAUUUCUUCAAGACCAGCAUACCCUAUGACAACUACGAGCGUGCAUUAGAAGAAUACAAACGACGACAUGCUAGCGAUGCCAACGAGCCGGACAACGUCACAGCCGAGGCCAUACACGUCCAGACACUUCGUCCCCGUUUACGCUAUUACUAUUCCGUAAUUUGUGAGAACUUGGGUUAUAUUUGGAAAGGGAAACUUUUGGUGGAUCGACUAUCUUUAACAAUUAAACCUGGUGAAAAGUUCGGUAUCAUCGGCACUAACUGUAAUUAUACGAAUGCAUUACUAAGACUCAUCGCUGGUCAGUAUCAUCCAAGUUUUGGACGCGUCUGCAUUAAUAGUGUACAAAUUACAGAAGAGCGCAAUAAAGCGCUCGCCCAUAUCGGUUAUGUACCCACGGUGGGUUUCGUACAGCCGCAAAUGACUUGCUAUCAGGUUUUGAAGACAUUUUGCAUACUCUAUGGCUACCCACGCCACCAAAUCAACGAUAUUAUUGAGGAUUUCUCCAAGCAUUUUGGCUUACACUCACAUUAUCACAAGCGUUUGUCACAGUGUAGUUCGGGUAUAAGAGAGCGCAUUUCCUAUUCCAUAGCAAUUUUGAAACAGCCCGCACUAUUGUGUAUCGGUAAUUUUAGUUGGAGUGUGGAUCCACAUGGCAGACGUCAACUGUAUCGUCUGAUCGAUGGUUUGCGUAAACGUGGCACCGCCAUAGCGAUUACGUCUGUUAUGAACACUUAUACCGAGAUACUGUGCACAAAAAUUGCGGUCAUGCACGAAGGUCAGCUUUUGCAUAUCGGGCGACCGGAGCAAGUAGCUGAAGCGGUGGUCGCGGGUUACUCGGUUUCAAUGCGUAUGAAGAAGCAGGUGCAUACGCCGCACGGCGUCACAUUGAAGGUGUACUUUCGCUUAACUGCUUUUAUGGAUAAAACAUUCCCGAAUUCUAGAUUAGUGCAAGAGGGUACUAUUAUGCAAUUCGUCAUUCCAUAUCAGAGCACGACGUUGGCUGUUAUAUUUAAGACAUUGCGCUUGAAUUCAUUUCAGCUGAAUAUUGAGAGUUUGUCGAUCACUUCGCUCAAUAUGAAUUACAUAUUCGAACAGAUAGCUGAGGAGGCUACGAAAUCGAGGUUCACUUAA